UGCACCGGUCAGUACAGUGCCCGUGACACGUCCUAUAUCGGACAGUGAUACCUCGACCUGUUCUCGAUCGGGUCACACCGCGCAUUACUGACUCCCCCAACGCAGGCAUCCAGUUUCAUCGGUAAAACUGGAACAGAACGUUGUACAGUGGUCCAGCGAACGGUAUUUCGGCGGACGAAAUCCUACGAUCGUCUAACUUUGUAAUCCACGAAACGUUCGUUCUCUUUGAAAUUCUUUAGAGCUUCGACAUUCGAGCACAGCACAAUUUCUCUGCGAUAAUUCUGUUGUAAAAAGAACCGUGAAACUGAUCGUUUUAAACAUUCGCAGUAGAUCGUCGGUACUCGAGUUUCUAUUGCACGUUUAUGUACGUGAACGAGUAUGUCGUUAUUAUUUAGUCGUAUCUUAUUCAGUGUCACGAAGCGAACGAACAUUGUCAUCGGAAAUCCAUUUUCGUCGAUACAAAGUUGACGCUAAAGCAUGGUCAAGUUUUGCCGUGAAAUAUCCUUAUCCUAGCGCACUGUGCGGCGUUGAGCUUCCUGUUGAACUAACGACGAUGCGUUGAUAAGAAACGAACGGUGGGAUCAUGAAAUCUUCCUUGUGUUGACGGUGGACAGUGGUUAAACGCACGUGAGAGUGAAAACGCGACGAAGAUAUUCACACGGACUAUCAAUAUUACUCGAGGAAGGAUUCACAUCUUAAAGCAGUGAAAUCAACUAAUCUUUCAACAUUUUUCUUUAUACAAGACCAGGAGAAGGAAGACAUUCUAAUAGCUCGGUAGUGUUGGUGUUAAAUACACGCGGAAUGAAAAUUCUGACGUAGGUCAGUUUGACUCGUCCAGUGGUUUUAGUGUUAAGCGAUAAGUGACCCCCACAAUCGGCUACAGUUCCUGUAUAUAUUGAACUGGUACGGACCACCUAACCCGGACUUAAACCAGACCGCUGACAGAUUAUACCGAGCGUCUUCGAGCGGUCGCUAUCAUUACUUGCCGCGCCGGGUUUAAUCAGCGAAGAAGUCUCCGGGCGACCGGUCACAAUUAAACGAUGCUGUCGUUACUGCUGGCCUUGACCGUGGCGUGCGCCUUUGGAGAAACAGCGGAUAUCCACGGGAAUAAUAGCAACGGGCAAACGUUCGGUUUCGAAGUCGAUUACCAGAACAAUCAAUUCUUACUCGAUGGGAAACCGUUCCGAUAUGUAUCAGGCAGUUUUCAUUAUUUCCGUGCGCCAAAACGAUACUGGAGGGACCAUUUAAGAAAAAUGAGGGCUGCCGGACUAAAUGCCGUUUCAACUUAUGUGGAAUGGAGUCUUCACGAGCCGGAGGAAAAUGAAUGGAACUGGUCAGGUGAUGCAGAUUUAGUAGAGUUCUUAAAUAUCGCUCAAGAAGAGGACUUGUUGGUCCUAUUAAGGCCUGGCCCCUAUAUAUGCGCGGAAAGAGAUUUUGGUGGUUUACCAUAUUGGUUACUAACACGGGUACCAGAUAUAAGAUUACGAACGAAUGAUCCACGUUACAUGAAUUAUGUGCAGAUAUACUUGAAUGAGGUAUUCAAAAGAGUCGAACCUCUAUUGAGAGGAAAUGGAGGUCCCAUUAUUAUGGUCCAGGUAGAAAACGAAUACGGAAGUUACGGUUGUGACUACGAGUAUCUGAAUCACCUCCGAGACAUUAUGAAGGAAAAAAUUGGAACGAAAGCUUUGUUGUACACGACCGACGGUAACAACGCGAAUAUGGUUAGUUGCGGGUCUAUACUGGAUGUUUACGCUACCGUUGACUUUGGGACGGGGGUCAACGUAACGAGAAGCUUCGAAGUAAUGCGCAGGUAUCAACCACGGGGUCCAUUAGUAAAUUCAGAAUUCUAUCCCGGAUGGUUAACUCAUUGGGGAGAAACUUUUCAACGAGUAAAAAAUACUGCAAUCACAAAAACGUUGGACGAGAUGCUGGCACUCGGUGCAUCCGUUAAUAUGUACAUGUUUUACGGUGGCACAAAUUUCGGUUACACAGCCGGUGCCAAUGGCGGUGAGGACUCGUAUAAUCCGCAAAUAACUUCCUACGACUACGACGCGCCUUUAACCGAAGCGGGCGAUCCGACGUCGAAGUAUUUUGAAAUCAGAAAUGUUAUCUCCAAGUACUUACCAUUACCAAACAUGUCUCUGCCAAGUGCUUCCCCCAAAGGUGAUUACGGAUCAGUUCGCCUAUUUCCAGUCGUGAACCUCUUCGAACCACUUGGUCGUCAUCUUUUAGCAUCGAUAGUCGCCGAGAAAUCGGAACCACUAACGUUCGAAUCUCUCGGGUUGUCCAACUGGUUGAUGUUGUAUGAAGCAGAUUUAAUAGGUAAUUUUGCCGAUCCAGCGAAUUUACACGCAAAUGUUCGGGACAGAGGAAUGGUCUACGUGGAUGAUUACUUAGUGGGAACAUUGAGUCGGACAGAAAAUAUAUAUAACAUUGCUAUGGAGAUUCCUUAUGCACGAAAACUGAAAAUACUGGUUGAGAAUCAAGGACGACUGAAUUUUGGAAAAGGACUUCACGAUUAUAAGGGAGUUUCGAACGUGACGUUAAAUAAAGUGCCCCUUGGGCCUUGGAAAAUGACAGGCUACCGCUUGGAUGACAUCGGUGCGGUUCAAACUGUUAAUACAAUUACCGUGGAAAGUGGAAUUCUUCGUAGAGGUCCGGUGAUCUUUCGCGGAAAGUUCACGGUUAAUGGUGCACCAAUGGACACGUAUUUAAAUACGGAUGGCUGGGGCAAAGGUGUAGCCUUCGUAAAUGGACGCAAUCUUGGACGAUAUUGGCCACUAAUUGGACCUCAAGUAACAUUGUACGUUCCUGCGCCCUUCUUGAGAACAGGUGACAACGAAAUAUUUCUGGUGGAACUGGAAUACGUACCGAGCAAUAGGACGAUGAAGUUACAAGACACACCAAUUCUUGGUUAAAAUUUUUAAAUAACAUAUCAGAAUGAGGUUGCUGAGGAUUCUCUUCUACGUAAUGAUUUGUAACAGUGAGCAAAAUAUGUGGACACCUUUGCAUCUUAUUUAUUUUUAUACAAACAGACGUUCAAAUUAUCAAAUAUUAAUCAUUUUUUUAGUUGAAAGGACUGUUCGUUUGAGGAACACCUCUCGCCAAUCAACGAGAAAUUUUAAGGGAAUAGCGAAGUGCUAUAAAUUUAAAUGUAAAAUUUUAGCUUUGAAUAUUUAGUAGUUUUCAAGAUAUUAAUGGAAAAUUUUUGCGCAAUACAAUGAAUUCUACUUAUACAGACAUGGCUAAUGCAAUUAUUUUUGCUGUAGGAAUCGUUGUUGCCGACUGUCAGUUAGACGAUUAUACACAACAUCGGACUCUUAUCGUUAAUAUCUAUAGAGUGUUUAAUCUAAAAUUAGUUUCUUACUUUUUAUUAGUUCAGAGAUCGAUAUUAGUCUAGUUUUUAUGAAGUGAGUGCAAGCCACACUUUUAUUUCAUAAUUACCAAUACUUUUUCUGGAACACCCUGCAUAUAACGAGGUCAAUAUUGCUACUCAUAUAAGGAGUCAUUAACGAUAGGUCUGGACAGAAUAAAUUAUAUAGGUAGAAUUCAAUAUCAUGUACCAAAAGUUUUUCAUUAAUAUAUCAGAAAAUCAUAAACACAUGAAGCUAAAAUUUUAUAUUUGAGAUCUUUUACUUGUCUUCUAAUGUCUUUCAACAUUUCAUGUUCAUCGGUGGGAGGUAUUCUCCGGGAAAAUAUCAGAAUUAAAAAUUAUUUAAAUAAUGGAUACAUUAGCUCCGGAAAAUAAAAAAGAAAUCGGUUCAUAUAUUUUCAUAAUAUAGUGUUUCAUUAAUACAGUAUUUCAUUAACGUAGUAGAUCGAACAAUUGACGAUGUUACAAUAUUUUUUUAUUUUGUCUAUCUUUUCAUUUUUUAAUAUCGGCUACGAUCCAUGGCACUUUUCGUGCUCACUAUGCGACUAUCUUAAAUUUAAACACGCAAUUACGUCCACAUUUAUAAUUUUUAGAAAACAGUUUUUGUAAGUACAAUACUUUCAAUUUGAGUACUUCAU